UGAAGGCGAUACAGGCAUCUCUGUUAUGUCAGACUGUGACAAGAUGGAUGUCUUCCUAUGACCCCAGAAACUCGCACAACAAAGCAAGAUUCACAGUGAGGAAAAUUGGAGCCUAUUCUAUCAUUGUGACUUUGGUAGCAAGUGGCACCCUCCUGUGGAUAGAGAUACAGUCCAUCAGAGGAAGACUGUCCUCAUCCCCACAGCUGAGUGUGUUCGACCUUGACAAGUCCACCAACCCGUAUAUCUACAUCCAAGACAGGCAGAGAGACUUAAGAGCUAAGUCUCAAGACAUCAGGAAGAAGUAUCUUGAUCCAGAGAAAUUAAAGCAGGAGUCGUGGUUCCCAUGGUUACAGUCUUACAGCCAAGAUCCCUGGACCUUGCUUAAACUCACCAAGUCCGCAGACAGAAAAACAAGAUGGCUGGGGGUCAAGGCCAUUGCCGAAAUGGAAGACUGGGAGGACUACCAGUACCGCUACAUCGCAGAGGCAUGUGAUGGCCGCACUCUGGUGGGGUUGGCUCGGUCACCAGAUGUUGGGGACCGUUUCUUCCUGCCCCAACCCAAGCUGGUGCCCCUGAAGAGGAGCUGUGCUGCAGAGCUGCGGUCCCUGCUGUUGUCAUUGCCGCUGGAGAACGUCGGUGAGUGCGUUGAGUACUUCACAUCCCUGGCACUGGAGAAAGGACAGGUCCAAGAAGAUAAGAGCGUCCUCUGGUCAUUCGGAAAUCCGUCUUACGACACCAACCAAACAGACAGACCCGUCCCUGAAGAAAUCCAGCACUUGUACUACCUGGAAGCCCUAGAAAGUCACUCACAGAGUAAGGCUCAGUGUGUCCAGAUUGUACAGGAAGAAGGUCUCACCGCCCUGCUGCACCUGGUGAAGGAACUGCCAUUGAACUCCACUCUCCAUAUUCCUCACCUGGUCGCACAGAUCAUUGGCAACCUCAGUCUGUGGGACUGUCUUCAUGAGGAGAUUAUCAGAACAGGCUGGGUCCCAAUACUGUCCCAGUGGAUGUCCCACAAGGAUCUGAUGUUGUCCCAACUGGCUGGCCGAGCCCUGCUGAACCUAGACCGAGACGGCAGUGACUGUGUGUGUGAGGAGGGAGUCUAUGUCAUCCAUCCGACACACAGGACAAGCGAGGAUCCCUACUGUGAUGUUGUGUUUGUACAUGGUAUAAUGGGCGGCCCUUUCAAGACCUGGAGGCAGAAGGAUGUGAAAGAUCAGGACCAGUCAGAGACUCCACAGUCCAUGUGCUGGCCCAAGGACUGGCUGGCCCGAGACUGCCCAAACACUCGGCUGUUGACGGUGGAAUAUGACACACAUGAGCGGUGGUAUGUCCGCUGUCCUCACAACAGAGAGAGUCGGACAGUUGAGAUGCGUGGGCGGAGUCUGAUGGAGAAGCUACACAAGGCUGGUGUGGGAUCUCGGCCAGUCAUCUGGGUGGGGCACUCCAUGGGAGGUCUCCUGGUGAAGCAGAUGUUGACCAUGGCCCAGGAAGACCCCAGGUUCCAGACGCUGGCCACUCAGACCCGAGGGUUGGUGUUCUACAGUGUCCCCCACCGGGGGUCCACCCUGGCAGACACCACGAGCCAGGCCUGGUACCUUAUCUACCCCUCUGUAGAGGUGCAAGAACUCAGUGCAGAUUCUCCCCACCUGAAAGUCCUCCAUGACAAGUUCCUGACCUUCAUGAAGGACAACAGUGUGCCCUGCAUCAGUUUUGGCGAAACCUCCAAGACAUCCCUGGGGAAGAACCUCCCUAAAGUCCACAUCGUCCCUCCAGAAUCCAGCAGUGAGUACACACUUGGGAGACAAACACUUGGAACAGAUGGUGGUUGUAAGAUGUUUCCAAUGUCAUGAUUUCUGGGCAUAAGUGAGUGAGUCUGUUUAGAUUUACGUGACAUCAGCAGUAUGUUAUCCAUAUCAUGACUAUCAGGACAUGAAGUACUGAAUGACACAUGCAAAUCUGAAAACAACCUUUUUUGAAAUUGUGAAACACAGGAGUUUUCAGUAAUGUUCCCACAGACCUCUCAGUGUGACAAGGCGACACUCUGGAAAACUAUAACAUUAUGAUACUGUUUGUUGACGCUGGAUGGAGAACUUAACUUGCUUGGUUAGAAUAAAGUUGAGAAGCCACUAAAUCACUGUUGUUCUGGUAGGUGUUGAUAAACCAUAAUACAUGUAUAUAAUUGAUGUUGUAACCAUUUUACCAAGACUGAUGUGACAGUUUUAUUCAAAUUUGGGACUGAAAAAAGAAAAGUAAUCAUACUAGAUGAAAAGUAUGAAAGAUUUCCUUAGUUCGCUCAUAAGCUUGCUGUGAUUAUUUGAUGGAUACAUUAAU